CUGAUCACUCUGGGCAGUGUUGGUUCACUAGAAUACGACGUUGUUAUGCGCAUGCUGAGUAACUCCGAGGUACUUGUUAAGGUAAAUCAAAUGGCUGAAAGCCCUAUGUUAUUUAUCUGCUAACCAUAGAAGUUCAUUUUGCUAUCUCGGUGUUUUCCCUUGUUUGUCUUUCUACUCAGAUUGAGUCCAUUUCAUUGUGACAGUAUGCCACUAAUCAGAACGGGGUCAAAUGCUGGAAAGUAUUCUCUCAUGAACACUUUCAUCAGUGGAGAUGCCACCAAAGAAGGACUACCUCCUUUUUGCAAUGACCAUCUCUUGUAUCCGUGCAACUUGGAACGCUCUCUUGUCUUGGAGUAUACACUCGAGUUAUAUUAUCGUAAAUUGCAAGAAGAAUCGGACAGGUUGUUUAAUCCAACCCCACGAAGCAAGCUACUCAAAUUUUGGGAGACGAAUAAGACAUGUGAUAUGUUUGAAGAAUAUAAACCUUUGGAAUUAACCGAUCUAAAGGGACAUUGUCAAAGAAGUAGCCUACAAGAUCCAGCAUGCCGCUAUGUAUUUAUGCAAUCCAAGAAUUCGAAGGCCAGAUUAGAGCUCACCCAAGAAGAUUUGACCUUCAUCUCGUCUUACCACCAGGUAAUACCCUCUUUUCUCGACCUUCUCUUCACGUGUGGAAGGCAAGAAAGACCGAGGGAGUUUCGUUAUGCGGCAUUUUGUCAUGAGAACUACCUCAAAAAAGAAAGCCCGGCCACCAGAAAUCCCAACCUCAUGAUUGAGUCCCUUGGCCGCUCAGGCCGGCAGAUUCAGCACUGCUAUAAUCUUCAUUCUGUCGAGUGCUCGGGGUAUAUGGAGGAGAAAGAUUGGUCGAUUCGACAGACCGUAGUUUACCACUCCUUCGACGUUGAGACGGGAGCGUCUUUCUGGAUUUUUAUCAAGGGGAACAACGUUAUAGAGAAGCGUAUUAUGGACGCUACCAGAUCGACGAGAAAUACAGGCAUGACUGCCAGGUCACAUCAGACCCUUUUCGGAUCGUUUAGUGCUUCACUCCUAUCGCAUACCCAGAUACUGGAAUGGUGCAGCGAGCAGUGGAGAUGGUAUAUCAAUGAUAUGGAAGAAUGUCUUCGAGACCAAGCGAAAGACACCGUACUCGCUGAUGUCGAUGAUCUUGCUGGGCCAGCAAGCGUGCCCGCGAUCACGAGGCCAGGUACCCUAUUGAUACCCUCUCGAACUAUAACGAGGUCAUCACCUACUUCCCCUAUUUCACCUACUUCGACAUUCAGCAAAGCCUGGAACCCAUUUUCUAUCCUUUCAAAUGCUACCUCGAAAGAAGAGAAAAGUCCAGCGGUGAGUGGAUUAGGCAUAGCACACGUUUUUGGCACAGGCCGCGUUGUAGAAGAGCCCGAACAGAUUGACAACAACGGAUACGACAUAAACAAUAGAUCAGACCACGAUUUGGAACGCAUGUUCUCCUUUGAGAAGCUACAAAAUCUACACGAGACAGGGGAGCGUAUGCAAGAGACCAUAAUGGUGCUGAGACAGAAUCGCAACAUCAUCAGGGAGAUCCGGGAGCAUUACACUGCCCUCAUGGAGAACGAGGAGUUCCCCGCGGGGAUUAGAGAAGCUUGUAAACAAGAGAUGUCGAGGUUUGCUCACAGAGCUCUGGCAAUUGAGAAGGAUCUCGAAGUACAGCAGUUGAGGCUCAAGACGCUCAGCCAGUUGCUGGGAGACAGAAUAAGUUUGUUUUACACAGUUCAACAAUACGCCAACAUGCAAGCCAGCAAGCAUUUCGCGAGGAAUGCCCAAACGCUGGCGGAAUUUACCACGGCCAUGACGACAGAAAUGCACCUCAUGACCAAGAAGAUGCAUGAUGUUGCCCUGACGACAGCACACCAGACCGUGUCUAUGCACGUGAUCACCAUCUUUACCCUCAUAUUUCUCCCGGGGACCUUCCUCGCUACCUUUUUCAGCAGCGGCAUUCUACGGUGGUAUGAAGCAGAUGAGCUAGGUGACUCGAAAUACACCUGGGCUACGGAGCACGAUCGCCUGCUGCUCUACAUUGAGAUAGCCGUGCCGAUGAUGCUCUUUAUCGUGCUUGGAUGGUUGAUUCUAUUUCUCAAGUCAAGGACCGGAAGAAGCGAAGGGGGAGAAGCAGAAGAGCCGGCCGAACUGGAAAAGGGUCUGCGGAGGACCUCGAUAGACGGACACCCCAGGGCGGCACCAGGAACGACGCAGUUACCCAAUGUUCUAGCCUGAGGGAUUACCUAGGUAGCUAACGAAGAAACAGAGUAACUAGAGGUGCAUUCUGCCCAGCGGUGGAGGAUAGGAAACAGGCAUCCGAUUGCUUUACAAUUCGCAUUCACUCCAGAGUCAACACUACCUACUGAAAAGUCUCGAUAGCGGGCCUAGAUAGACAAACGCUGAUUUUUUUUUUUUUUCGCUCACUAAAAACCCCCACGAUCACGCAACCACCAUAGCACCAUUCAUUCCCUAAGUCGAACAAGUUUUUUUAGUCAUCGCGUAGGGAAUUAUCAUCAUCUACCUAUGUACAACAUAUCAAUCACUAAGCCAUACCCACAGCUUACCCAACAUCUUUUCUCUAGUGGUGCUGACAAUCCAUCUAUGACUCGACUCGCGUAUGAAAAAAAAGGGGGGGAGAUGGUAAUCGGCGUCCAUGGUCCGUGAUGUACAUACGUAGAGAAAAACAUGGAGAACGGAAAGAAAGAAAAAGAAGAUUCAAGACGUCGCAAUCACUAAACUAAUCCAAAGCCCUAACAACAAACUAUUUACUAGUUAGGCAAGUACAUAGUAAGUGAAAAAGCGGCUCCCCGUUGAAAAAAAAGAAAAAAAAAUCUCCGAGAAAAUGAA